AAUGAUAGCGAUGCCAUUCAUUACAAGCACGAUGCUGGUUCUGUACCGCCCCUUUUGGUUGUGAAGUUGCUACUAGAAAGGUCCCGUAACAAUCCAUACAUUGCAAUUCACAUGGGGCCGCUGUAGCUCGGUCAUCCCAGAGCUCCAGUGGGAGUCAACUCAGCCAGUAUUCAGCGGCGUUCUUAAGGAAGACGACCAUCUUCAAGCAGCAGCCGAACCCACACGCGCAAUGUUCGAAGAGCUUCAGAGACUCGCAGCAGAAGCUCCAGAUGCAGAUCAAACUUGCCCUAUUUGUUAUGGAACAGCUCUUUACCCAAUUCUCACGAACUGUGGUCAUGUAUUCUGCUGUGAAUGUAUAAUGGGAUAUUGGAGACAUGCAGCGUCAUUAGUUACUCCGGUUCGAUGUGCAAUUUGUCGGACAGAGGUAACUGUACUACUUCCUUUGCAUUGGCCUAGUGAUGGAGAGGAUAGUCAACUUCAAGAGAACAACAUUAGUCUCGAUGACUAUAACAGGAGAUUUUCUGGUGACCGUCCUGUUAGUGACUUUAUUUCUACGUGUCCAUCAUUACUUAUGGGACCUUCCUGUUUUAAUACCUUAUAUACUGAGGAAUUUGUUCGACUUCAAUGGCUUUAUGAUCAUGUUCCGGUUAUUGCAUAUGUGCUGUCGCCGUUUGAUAUAAUUCCGGAAUCGGCUUAUGGGUUUAUCGGUCAGUACUAUCAUUUACAUCUCACAUACUCAAUUUCCCCAAAUAUUAUACGGUUAUAUAUUGUCACUGCCAUUCGUCAUUUUAUGGCUCGAAGAGGUGAAGCUUUAGCCGAAUGA